AUGGCAAAAAAAUAUGCAAUUGAAUCCUUUGACAGAGUACUUAGAGAUUUGCUGAAUUCUGAUCAAAUAUUUGGUGGAAAACUCAUUGUUUUCGGUGGAAAUUUUCAACAGACUUUACCAAUCGUCCACAAAGAUCAAAGAGAAGAUUACAUUUCUGCAUCUCUCAUCAACUCAUAUAUUUGGCCACACCUCCAAAAGAUUCGAUUGACUGAAAAUAUGAGAGCAUUUCUCGAUCCAUCAUUCUCAGAUUUUCUGCUUAAUAUUGGAAAUGGCACACAAGCAACCAUUGCAGAUGACAAGAUACAAUUGCCUUCUUCUAUGAUUGUCUCUUUCAUUAAUGAUGAUCAACAAUCCUUGCACAUUCUGAUAGACACUGUUUAUCCAUCUCUAUCUAGCUUUUGCCCUCAGAAUUCAACUCUCAUUAACAGAGCCAUUCUCAGUACAACAAAUGAUAUUGUGCACGAAAUCAAUCAAAUUUUGAUUCAGAAGUUCCCUGGAGAAGAAAUCAAAUAUAUCAGUUUCGAUGAGACAAUAGAUCCAACAAAACAAGCUGAUCACGGUGACUUUUUAAAUACUAUCCACCCCCCAGGAUUACCUCCGCAUUUGUUGAUUUUGAAACCAAAUUGCCCAGUUAUUCUCCUAAGAAAUCUGAAUCCAGCACAAGGACUAUGCAAUGGAACCCACAUGAUAUGCUUAAAUUUUAACAAAAACAUCAUACAUGCACAGAUUUCGGUUGGAAUUCAUUCUGGUAAACAGGUUUUCAUUCCUCGCAUUCCAUUGCACAGUUCUAAUGAUGAGUCAUAUCCAAUACCUUUCAAGCGUACUCAGUUCCCAAUUUCAUUAUGUUUUGCCAUGACAAUUAAUAAAUCACAGGGACAAACACUUGAUUUUGUAGGAUUAUAUUUGAAAGAACCAGUAUUUUCACAUGGCCAAUUAUAUGUUGCAUUAUCAAGGGCCAGAACUGCUAAUGAUGUUAAAAUUUUACUCAGAUGCAUUGCUUCUGAUUCUUUGUCCAGUAAUUGUACUCGAAAUGUAGUGUAUCAAGAAAUUUUAGCAGCUGCAGCUGAAGAUUAA